CCAUGUGGGUUUUUCCCUUCGCAGUGUCAGUGUUGUGCCUCUCCUCUCUGUCAGUCUCUCCUCUCAGCCAUUGGCUUCACAGACCAUCAGUCCUCCCUUCACAACAAUAGACCCCCACGCGCACACUCGCUCACGCGCCGGCACAAACGCGCACAGUGCUUUCGAGGAGCGUCGGUGAAAUGUUGGUGAAACUGCGGUUUGCCGACUCCCUUCUUUUCAGCUUCACAUCGGCGAGGAGCGCAGGGAAGCCUCUGCGAUGCGCUCAACCGGGGACGCGUCGGAGUUGAAAUAAGGGAAGCACGGGGGGUCGGCAGAGAAAAGAGAGAGGGGGAGAUUUUCUUACGAGGAUGACUGACUGGUGACAAAGAAAACGGGGAGCCCCCUCUGGCUUCGCUUGUCAUCCGUGAGAACUUGACGGAAGGCGUUUUGGGGGACCGGCUUACUUGGGCAGUCAAAGAUUUUUUAUCAUCAUUAUUUUGUGGAGGGGCACCAUGCCUGUCCGGAGAGGUCAUGUUGCGCCACAAAACACAUUUCUGGGAGUAAUUAUUCGGAAAUUCGAAGGACAAAAUAAGAAAUUCAUCAUAGCCAAUGCCCGGGUACAGAACUGCGCUAUCAUCUACUGUAACGACGGCUUCUGCGAGAUGACGGGCUUCUCCCGGCCGGACGUCAUGCAGAAGCCAUGCACUUGUGACUUCCUGCACGGCCAGUUCACCACCCGGCACUCGGUGGCCCAGGUGGCCCAGGCGCUGCUGGGCUCGGAGGAGCGCAAGGUGGAGAUUACCUACCACCGUAAGGAUGGUUCAAACUUCCUGUGCGCCACCCAUAUCAUCCCUGUGAAGAAUGAGGAGGGCGUGGUCAUGAUGUUCAUCCUGAACUUCGAUUACAUCCUGGAUGAAGGGAGCAGCGAUUCACUGAACAGACUCAACCACACCUCACCAUCCAAAGCUGACCAACGGAAAGGGAGACUAUUUCGUUUCCGAUUCCCGGCCUUACCUCUUCUGGGCAUCAGCAAGCAGUCCCUGCCCCAGGAAGACCCCGAUGCCAUCUUGGUGGACUCACCUCGCCACAGCGAUGGCUCGGUGGCUACACGCGACUACCAACUUCCCACCACCCGUGAGAGCUGCAGUCCCUCUUACGCCAAUGACACCCGCGCCCUCAUCGGCCCCAGCCACUGUUCCACCCCUGUGUCCGGGCCUUUGGACCACUCGUCGCCCAAGGGCCCCUGGGAUCGGACAUACCCAGACCAGUCCAUCACCCAGACCCAGCACCAGAGCAAUGAGGACACGCUCAUUGCGGCUCCGUCAAUCCCGGGCCUCACUCCAACCGCCUCCAGAGAGAGUGUGUGCAGUAUUCGCAGAGCCUCCUCUGUACAUGACAUGGAAGGCUUUGGGUCCAACUCCAAGAUGGCGUUCAGGGACAGACACGCAAGUGAAGACAAUGGUCGCAAUAUUAAAGUGUCUCGCUCCUGGAUGGCUGGGGGCCCACUCAGUCAGAUCAAAUCCAGCCUGCUCGGCUCCACGUCUGACUCCAACCUCAACAAGUACAGCACCAUCAACAAGAUUCCCCUCAUCACGCUCAACUUCUCUGAGGCCAACAAUGAGAAGAAGUGCCCCUCCCCUCCAUCCUCUGAGAAAACCAUCAUCGCCCCAAAGGUCAAAGACCGGACGCACAAUGUCACCGACAAGGUCACGCAGGUUCUUUCUCUGGGUGCAGACGUGCUGCCUGAGUAUAAGCUCCAAACACCACGCAUGGACAAGUGGACCAUCCUUCACUACAGUCCCUUCAAAGCAGUGUGGGACUGGCUCAUCCUGCUGCUGGUCAUCUACACCGCCAUUUUCACACCCUACUCUGCUGCCUUCCUCCUCAAUGACAUCGAGGAGCAGAGGAGGCGGGAGUGCGGCUACUCCUGCUCACCCCUCAACGUGGUGGAUCUGAUAGUGGACAUUAUGUUCAUCGUGGACAUCCUUAUAAACUUUAGGACCACGUAUGUCAACACCAACGAGGAAGUGGUCAGCCACCCGGCCAAGAUUGCCAUCCACUACUUUAAAGGCUGGUUCCUCAUAGACAUGGUAGCUGCCAUCCCGUUCGACCUGCUCAUCUUUGGCUCAGGAUCAGAUGAGACCACCACUCUGAUCGGUUUACUGAAGACAGCCCGUCUUCUACGGCUGGUACGAGUUGCCCGUAAGCUGGACCGGUAUUCAGAGUAUGGUGCUGCCGUCCUCAUGCUGCUUAUGUGCAUCUUUGCCCUCAUCGCUCAUUGGUUGGCCUGUAUCUGGUACGCCAUUGGCAACGUGGAGAAGCCUUACCUGGAGCAUAAGAUCGGCUGGCUGGACAACCUGGGAGUGUCGAUAGGAAAAAAAUAUAACUACAGUGACCCCAGCUCGGGCCCCUCCAUCAAAGAUAAAUACGUGACAGCACUCUACUUCACCUUCAGCAGUCUGACCAGUGUGGGCUUUGGGAAUGUCUCCCCCAACACCAACUCUGAGAAGAUCUUUUCCAUCUGCGUCAUGCUCAUUGGAUCUCUAAUGUACGCCAGCAUCUUUGGGAACGUGUCCGCCAUCAUCCAGAGGUUGUAUUCAGGUACAGCCAGGUAUCACCUCCAGAUGCUACGGGUCAAAGAAUUCAUUCGCUUCCACCAGAUCCCAAACCCACUGAGGCAGAGGCUGGAGGAGUACUUCCAACACGCCUGGACGUACACCAACGGCAUCGAUAUGAAUAUGGAGGUCCUGAAGGGUUUCCCAGAGUGCCUGCAGGCGGAUAUCUGCCUCCACCUCAACAAGAACCUCCUCCAGGGCUGUAAGGCGUUUCGUGGAGCCACCAAGGGCUGCCUCCGGGCCCUGGCCAUGAGGUUCAAGACCACCCAUGCUCCCCCUGGAGACACCCUAGUCCACUCUGGAGAUGUGCUCACCGCACUCUACUUUGUCUCCCGUGGCUCCAUAGAAAUCCUCAAAGAUGACGUUGUUGUGGCAAUCCUCGGUAAGAAUGACAUUUUUGGCGAGAUGAUCCAUCUCUUCACCAAGCCAGGGAAAUCUUGUGCAGACGUGCGGGCGCUGAGCUACUGUGACCUCCACACCAUUCAGAGGGAGGAGAUCCUGGAGGUGCUGGACAUGUAUCCAGAGUUUGCCGACCACUUCCUCACAAACCUGGAGCUGACCUUUGACCUCCGUGAUGAGAAGGCGACAUGCACACAAGCAGCUGAUUCUAACACAGAUGACACUGAGUGUCGAAGACGAGUGUCCUACAGAAGGAAAUCCUCCACAGGCUCCCACAACAAGGAACCAGCGGCCACCUACUGCGACACCAAGCAAGGGAGGCAGAUCUACGCCUCCUCAGCAGCUGAGGAGAGGAGAGAGUCCACUGAGGAGGGAGAAGACGAGGAGGAUGAGGAAGAGGAAGAAGGCAGGGAGGAGGAAGAGGAGCAGAGGCCCUUGUGUUCUGCUGUGCUGGGCUACCCUGUGGUUAGGGACCACACUGUGGGACUCGGGCUGAGCAGUGCUACAGACGCACAGGCUGCAGACAACAUGCAGAAUCAGACGUAUAAAGAGCUCCAUCAAGAUGAGUGGGUGUGUCAGCGUCCCAACGAGGGUGCAGAGGAGUCAGCCCAGUGUCAAGAGACGCCAGCCGGGGAGGAUGACAGCGACACAGACCUCACCUACGGAGAGGUGGAGCAACGGCUGGACCUGCUGCAGCAGCACCUCAACAGACUGGAGUCCCAGAUGACUGCAGACAUCCAGGCCAUCCUGCAGCUCCUCCAGAGGCAAACAGCAUCAGGCCCCCCCGCCUACAGCACCGUCACCUCCAGCCCCGAGUACCAGAGGCCAGCCAUCUGGGUCCAGCCGGUGUCUGCCAUUCAGACAGAGCUCAGCCUCGCUCCUGCACCGCCUCGGCCACAGAGUCCUGGCCCAGAGCAGGCCCAGAACAAGUCCAAAGAAACCUCCCCAGACCUUCUUCGCACAGAGACUCUUCCAGACGGGAACUUUGCUGGACUGCUCGAGAGCGACACGGACACAGAGCAGAGACAAACGCAAAACAGCAUGGACUCAGUAGAACAGCCCCCGGGGUUCUCAUCAGGCCGACAAGCCUCCCUACCUGAUGUCCCCAGCAGCUCAGGAAUGUUGGGACUCCACAGACCAGUUUCUGACCCUGGGCUUCCAGGAAAGUAGGCGUCCCCGAGCCCUUCAACGUCGACCGAAGGUGUCCUCUCAAGCUUGACUCAGGGUCUAAGAAAGAGACUGUAUAUGCAAAGGCAAACAAACUGUAGACUUUCUUCCAUUCCUUUUCGGAAACCCUCCCAGCCCCCUGCCCUUCCAGCUCUCGGAUUUAGAUGUAUAAAGUCCAUUUAUACAGAGGUAUUUAUACACUAUAUUAUUACCACAUGUAAAGUCGUCAUCUACCCUGUACAUACUUCAAAUAGAACACUGCCAGCAACAUGAGGCACCUGAUGUGCUUUUUCUAAAAGAGAUAUGCAUGUUUUCCUUUCUCAUGGGUUCUUUUCCUUUCUGUCGCAUGUUCCUCACACACUCACUGCAACUCACCGGGCAAUCAGGUGUGACCUUGGCAUGCUUACAGACUACUGUAGCUAUCAAGUCUCAUUUUCUAUGACUCUUCCCUCUUCACAGGGACAAAGCUACUUGAAACUCUUUCCGAGGCAUUUCUAUAUUCCACUCCACGGCUUUGAAGUUCACCUGUUGUCAGCAGCUCCUAACAGUCGACGCAGUUUCAAACUCACAAGGAGAUCCGUCUGUAUAUUUAGUGUACCUACUGUACACAACUUUGCCACAACAGAUGAAAAUCACUUCUUAUUCAGCUCAAAGUACAGAACACUGUAAUAGUAAUAACGUGUGUAGAGGCUGCAUGAACCUUACAUAGCACAACAAGACUUAUGUCAGUCUUUGAGAGCAAUAAUGAUGAACCAGUACAGGAACGAACUGAAUCUCGGUAUAUUUCUAGAGUUUAAUGUACUCUGGAGAUCAUUUUAUACAACCUGAACAAAGAAGAGAGCAUCUUUAACAGCAUUUAUGUUGCUAUGUUAAGAUCUGUAUGUGAAUUCAACAGCUCAACCUUGACACGCAGAACAUUUGAAAGACAACAAAAUGAAUGCUUCAAGUUUUGGAUUUCGUAGAUUUGAAAACAUAAUUAACAUAUAACAACCUACAUCCUAUCAAUACCACGUAAGCGUAGCUGUGGGGUAUUUGCAGUUGCAGUCAAAACUUGUGAGGGAAAUUUCUGUCCCGGCAGUUUGGGGAUUAUAAUGAUUCCUACAGCUGUUCUUUGUUUCUUUCUGCAGUUAUUUAUGGUGAAUCUUGGACAUCUAACCAUCUGGACCAGUAGUCUCUCAGCAGAAGGUGACAGUUUGAGUUUUCUUCCAGACAACUGUUUCCAGUACUUGUAUUUAAUUAUACAGUAGUUGUUUGCACUAGUGUCAUCCAAAAUAACAUACAUAGCAUUUCUGAAUAGUUGAAAUGGAUUCAAUGCUCAAUUUCUGCUGCGCUUUCUUGCUCUCUCAUUGUUAAUAUUUACUACAGUCACUGUGCUGUUCUCCCCUACUAACCAAGAAUGGAAAAGUUGUUGUCAUGUUAUCAGCUUAUUGUAUUUAUCUUUUAAUUAGAAUUUUAAAUUCUUCAAAGUAAGUUUCAAAGUAUUGUAUUGAAGGCAGAAAUUCCAGUAUCGUGACGACACUAGUUUACACUGGUGUGUGUUUUAAUCCAUCAGAUUUUCAAAACCUACAAAAAAAAGUUGAAAAGAACCAAGGUUUAGUCCCUUUUUUUGACAUUUCUCAUCAUUCUGUAAUAGAAAAAGAACAGUUGUAGAGCUAAAGGAAUACCUCACCUGCAAAAUGACUUUUUUUUUUUUUAUCAAUUACACAAGCCUCUUUGGAAGGACCCCCCCCCCAACUACCAUUUGUAAUGGCAAUCUGUCACACAUUUACCCUCAUCAAAAAAAUACAGCUCCUGGAAUUUGGAUUUUGCACUUAUCCAUAAUGCAAAAUUUAGCUGUGUGCAGCUCUACUACUGAACGGAGAAUCCAACAAUGGCAAACAUUUUUUAUAACCUGAAGAAAAUGGGGACUCUGUUUAAUGACGGUAUAGUCCAGGUCUCAUUUAUCUCGUCGUAUGCUCAGUACUCAGUUAAACAUUCGGAUUUAAAACAGGUCAGUAAAGUCUCACACAGGGUCAAGUGGUGUUCCUGGGCAUGUGCAUUCCUUUGAACUCCGCUCAAGUGGAGCUUGUACACACGCACAUGCUCAGGGCGCACUACUCGAAGGCUGAAGUGUUUUGAAUUGUAAUGUUUCAGUGAAAACGUGUUUGGGAAGUACUGAGCAUCCGACUAGAUACGUGAGACUUAGAUUAUACUGCAUGAUGUGUGAGAGUAAGACAAAGUUUUCUUGACAAAUUCAAGGUAACACACGGUGAGUAAUUGAUAUGCAAAUGGUAAUUUUGUGGGUGAAGUUUUCUUUUAAAAUCCUCAAAAUGCCUCGACAUAAUACCCCUAAAAACUGUAUGUGUAGCUUUGAUUGCAAUUGUGACGCUGCCACACAGACGCCACAUCCAUACGUUCUAAAACCCUGACGAUCCUACGUGGUAGUUUUUAGUUGCAUGCUUUAGGUCUUCCACCGUCCUCUUAAAAGUACAAUUUCCUAGAUAAAAAAAUCGCUGACAAAGCACCAUGGGGGGGGGGGGGGGGGGGGGGGGGGGGGGGGGGGGUGGGGAGGACAGAAGUUUUCAUGUUUUGGGCCGAGGACACAGGCCAGCCUCCAAUAGCCUUAGCUUUAUAAGCCUGCUCUAGCCUUUGACAGACGACAUCAGUUCAAUGCAGCGGAAACCUGCUUCUCCACCGUCAGAUGUAAAUGUACCGAGCCAUUUUAGGGUGAUCUGCAUGACAAAUGAAUUAGUCAUUUUAGUUUUUUAACUACAUAAAUUCCAACACAAGCUCAUGUAUUGCAUGGAGACUGCACUUGACUAAAUUAUAAAAGGUCUCAAUCAGCUGUGUGUGACAUGUAUUGCUUUUUAAGGUACAGCACAUAAACUCACCCAGAGAGAUUUAGAAAUAACCGUUAGACCUAUUUUUCUAAAACAAAGUAUUUAAUUUGCCAUUAUUUUUCUAUGUACCUUAUUGUUUUUAAACCCCUGAUGUUAGGCAGAGUGUUGUGGACUGCUGAUGGGAGGAGGAUGAUGAUGAUGAAUGCAAUGCAUAGCCUCUCAAUGUAGCAAGUAAGAUUUCAGAGACAGGCUUUAAGCUGGGUGCUGCAUUUACUGUAUGCUGUUGAAAUAGUUUGUUAUGAUUUAAUAUUGCACAUUGAUUUUCAUAUCAUUUCUGCGGAGUUUUGACUUUACCCUUAUUGAACAGUGAGUUGACAUCCAACACUUUGCUGUCAUCUAAAGCCUGGGCUUCAUCUAGUCCCCUGACUCCCUCAGUGGAAACCUGAGAGGUCAGAGAUAACGGGGGAAUAUUAGUUAAGAUGGAUGAGAUGAAAAAGGACAAUACAGAUGAUCCAGCAGAGCGCGGGGUGUUUUAUUUGAUAAGCUUUCUUUCUCAAGCACAGAUGUAGAACAAAAGUUGCUAAAGCCUAACUCGACACGUCCAACGCCUGAACAGUCUACUGAACUUUCAUGGGAUUUGCAAACUUUUGCACAGAUUAGAAAACUUGCUGUACUGGAUAUAAAUGUCACUUUUUAAACCUAGUGCUGUUCACAAUUGUUUUUAUGCAUUUUUUAAAUGUUUGCCACUGUAUUUUAUACAAUGCAACACUUAACAGCUAAUUUGAAUGUUUCUGUUCUUAACUAUAUUUAAAAAAAUGAAAUAUAUUGUGUAAAUAGA